ACCCUGGCUCCUCAUCCACAGCCUCCUCAGGAACAGCCUUCUCUUCUCCUGCCUCGCUGCAUCUGACUCCCUGACCUCCUGCCGAGAUGUCCUGCCAGCAGAGCCAGCAGCAGUGCCAGCCCCCACCCAAGUGCCCCUCACCCAAAUGCCCCCCAAAGAGCCCAGCACAGUGCCUGCCUCCAGCCUCCUCCAGCUGUGCUCCAAGCUCGGGGGGCUGCAGUGGCCCCAGCUCUGAGGGCGGCUGCUUACUGAGCCACCACAGGCGCCGCAGGUCCCACCGCUGCCGGCGCCAGAGCUCCGACUCCUGCGACAGUGGCAGGGGUCAGCAGUCUGGGGGCUCCGGCUGCGGCCACAGCUCUGGGGGCUGCUGCUGACCUGGAUCCUGAUGCUGAGACAAGCGAUUUAAAGGAAACAAGAAUCUCAAAGACCAAGGAA